GCAACAACUUUCUCUCUCUCUCUCUCCAUUUCGAAAUUCGAGGGGGAGAAUCCCGCUAGAGAUGGCGGCGGCGCUUGCUUCGGAGCCUCCUCGCUCGAGAGAUUCUCAGGUACGCCGCUCGACUCUCUUCUCCUCUCCGAUGUCCGGAAUAGCCUGUCGGUUUGCCGCCGCCGCCGCCUUCUUCCUUCCGGCGGAUCGAGACGAAAGUUGCGUUCGGUUUGAUCUUCCGACGAUCUCCGCCGGCUUCGCCGGUUCAGAUCACGACGGAGGUUAGAUGAGGAUGUCUAGAUCCUCGUCGUCGGGAGCAGGUGAACGGCGACGCUGCGUCGCGGUUGCCGAUUGUGUGGCCAGUUAUGUGUUUUGAUAGUUGAUUCCUCUCGUGUUAAAGUUUGUUCAGUGGCGUCUGCGCAAUGUGCACCUCUUCAGGCAAUCGUUACCUUCGCAGAAUCGCAUGUGUGCGAGCUAGUGUUGCUUUCGCCGGAAGCAAUCGAGUGAGCUGUAGAGCAGGAAGCACUCUGCUUCUACAUGGAACUUCUGUGUUGGAGCAUUGACUGCUAGUCCACCACAAUCGAUCCCCCCUCGGCCACGCAAUGUCGGCCGAGACCGUAGCUUCUGCAGAGAUUGACUUCGAACUCUCUGGUGCGAGAUCUGGGGGAUGCAAAGAAACUGUAGAUGUUAGAGCUAAACGAAGAUCUGAAAGUGCCUGGAGAUUUUGUUAUGCAAGGAGGAAAGUGCGCAGGCGAAAAAGCAGUCCUCGUGUUUCUUGUUCCUCCGAAGCUAAUGGUAUGGUUUCUGAAGAUUCUGUUUAUCGACACCUUAUCAGGAGCGACCAUGUAGUUGGGAAUAUCAAGGUGGACGUCCAGCAUCACAGAAGUGCAAAUCCUGAUUCAGCUGGAGCUUCUCCGAUCGGGACUGAGUUUGAACUCUCUGGUGUGAGAUCUGGGGGACGCAAGGAAAACACGGACAUUCGAGCAAAAAGAAAAUCUCAAAACACCUGUCGGUUUUAUUAUGUCAGGAGUAAGCGAAUGCACAGUCAAAAUAGUGCUCCUCGUUUUACUUCUUUACUCAGGGCUAAGUCUCACGAGAGUUCCGAAGAUUUUGUUUAUGGACACCUUAUUAGGAGCCAUAAAUUAGUUCAGGAUACAAAGAUGGGCAUCCAGCACCACAGAAAUGGUCUGAAUCGGGGUAUAACUGAAGCAAGUGAGCAAAAUGAUUCUAUCAGAAAGGAUUACUAUAUUAGUCAUCCUGGAGAGUUUCCACUCGUCAAAGUCAAGCAAUCAGGAAAAAGUGACGGUGAUCACGCUUUUGAACAGGGUAAUGCUCAUGAUCGCUCUACUAUAGGAGAAGAUUGUGCUGACUUCAGGAAUUGCUUUAUUCCUGGUAUAUCAGGUGCACCAACUGCACCCCUAGACAGUAACUCCUACCAUAACUUGUCAAGGACAACUGAGGAAAUUUUAGCUCAAGAGCUGUUGAGCGCAAGUCCAGGUGAUAAAAGGAAUGCACUUCAUAAUAAAUUGGAUAGUCUGAACAUAAGUUCAUCAAACCAUGAUGAAAUUGCAAUUUCGGGACAGGUAUUGCCAGACAAGCUUACCCAUGGUCAAGUUCAUGCAUCUGUUGCUACUUCAGCAAAUGACCAUAUUGAUCUCUCGAAUUGUGUAUUAAAUAUGGCGUGUGAAAUAGAUUUACAUGAAGGCGAAGGUUAUUCUGGGAGCUUGCACGGGCAUGCGGUGAACCAUCAUGGUGUUGGACACAAUGGAGAUGUUUUGCUUUUAGCUCGAGAUCCAAAAUUGAAUAGAGAGAUGUGUCUUGGAGGUCAGGAUUUCACAUUUUCAGCAACUGCUGUUGUCUCUGACAUGUCAGAGCCUGCUCAAUGCAGAGAGUACAUUUUUAAUUCUUUAGAAGUUGAUGAAUCAUCCAUUCAUGAUCUUGGAGAAAUUUCUGAUGAAAUGAUGGUAUGCUCAUUGAACAGAGAGGAUCCACACAUUCCAUGGCAUGAUGAUUUAGCUUCGUCCACAGUACCUUUUUCUUCUGUAACAUGUCAAAGCCACAAAGACUCCCAGAGUGAUGCCUCCUCACCUGCUAACAAUGAAAGUAAGGAAGAAAUAAGCCUCCUCAAGACAGAAGAAAAUCCUCCCAAAACUUCCAUAAAUUAUCAGUCAGUGGAACAACACAAACUGCCAGAUGAAGGUUCAAACAAGCUCCCUGCUAGUUGUGGAAUUAAAACUGUGUUUCCCAAUAUUGCAAGUGCUAUUGUGGUUACCAGAGAGGAAAUUGAUGCUCCUGCAGAGACGAGUCCCCCAUAUAGAGAACCUGAAGAUCAAAAUUCUACAGAGCGAUCACUUACGGGCAAGUCCCUCAAAGAAUGUAAUCCAACGGACAAUUUAUCUGAUGGUGAAUGUUCAAGUUUAUCUGUUUUUCAUGAAUUAGACAGUAGUCUGUCAAGAUUUGUUGACGAAGAGUGCGAAAGUGAUUAUGAUGACUCUAAGCUUACGGAGAUUUGGGAAAUGAUACAUAGCAUGGAUUUUUAUCCAGGUGAUCGAGAUUCUCAUGUUAAUGGAGAAGUCUUCAGGUAUCGACAUGGGGAUAAAAGGGAGUCCGCCAUUAGAUUGGAACGAUGUGCUGGAUCUUUCAUACAACAAGCGAUUGCUUCGGGAGGUCCACUUGCAAUUUUAUAUGGCCAGAAUUCAAAGCAUUACAUCAGGAAGGACGAGGUCGUACUUGGAAGGGAAACAGAGGAUUUUCAGGUUGAUAUUGACUUGGGAAGAGGAGGAACUAACAAAAUAUCUAGACGGCAGGCACUUAUCAAGCUGGAGAGAGAUGGUACUUUCUUUUUGAAGAAUCUUGGAAGGAGUUCAAUAUAUGUGAAUGGGACAGCAGUUUCUGGUGGAAAUCACAUAAAUCUUACUGCAAACUGUUUGAUUGAGGUGAAAGGGAUGAAACUAUCAUUUGGAAUAAACGAGAGAUCUGUGAGGCACCACUUGGCAAAGCUUGCCAAAGAAAGCCGAGGAGCAAAUCGUAACUUUGAGUGGUCACCAGAGGGGUACCUGAGCAAUACGGUCUGAUGGUCAUUUCAUAGCCAAAAGACGAGCAAAGAGAAAUGGUGGAGGAACAUUUCUUAUUCGAUGGGUAUUGUCAUCUUUCUGUGAUAGUGAACGAUACUCAGGUACAUCUCUUUCUUGUUAUACAUAUGGUCAAUCAUUGAGUUCAUUCUUAAAGAUUAACGGAAGUUUCUCUGUUCUCUAGAUUUUGCCUUCGUCACUGCUCAUAUGAAGAACGAGGAUAGGAUUUGAUGCAUGAAAUUUAUUGUGCUAUGAUGUUAGCAGCGCA